CUACCUGCAACUCCUUGAUCAUAUAUGUAUAGCCGCUUCCUCUUCACUCAAUUAGGGUUUGCAGAGCCGCUCAACACCUAAAAAAAUGGCUGUUCCUUUGCUGACAAAGAAGAUUGUGAAGAAGCGUGUCAAGAAGUUCAAGCGGCCACAAAGUGACCGAAAAAUUUCUGUUAAGACAAACUGGCGCAGGCCUAAGGGUAUUGAUUCGCGAGUUAGGAGGAAGUUUAAAGGAUGCACUUUGAUGCCAAACAUUGGUUAUGGCUCUGACAAGAAGACUCGCCAUUAUCUUCCCAAUGGAUUUAAGAAAUUCGUUGUGCACAAUGCCAAAGAGCUGGAGCUUCUUAUGAUGCACAACAGGACCUACUGUGCUGAGAUUGCACACAACAUAUCAACCCGGAAGCGAAAGGAGAUUGUUGAGCGUGCAGCACAGUUGGAUGUUGUUGUGACCAAUAAACUGGCCAGGUUGCGCAGCCAGGAGGAUGAGUGAGCUUGAAUCUAUUAUUCUCUUCAUUUUGUUUUUGGCACACUAAUUAUAUUAGGUGGUAUCCAGCACUUGUGAUCAAUUUUAUCAAGAUUUAUUUUGUUUCGGUUGAAUUGAUAUGAAUCUACUAAAACUUUUUGCUGUCUUGA